AUGUCGGGCUCUAUUACACGUUUCUAUUAUUCUUGCCCAGUUUUAAUAUUUUUUUUUUUCUCUAGCAACGCGGAGCUUGCGCUGUGCAAUUUGGAUCUUUUUCAAUUUAGAGAGGAUUCCUGUACAAUAGCUGCCAACUCUUGCCUCCGAUGGUACCCGAGAGAGGGAGGGGAGAGAGGGGAGGAGAGAGAGCGAGCGAGAGAGAGAGAGAGAGAGAGAGAGGUUAGGAGCUCCAGAUGGUGUUUAAACGCAGACAGAAGGCUACAGCGAGGACAGAGAGGAGGAGGAGGAGAGAGCCGCGGUUACUGCGCACAGUGGGCCCUCCACUCAUCACUACAGACAAAACAAAAGUCCCGAGAAUUCCCAAAAUCGCCAAGUGACGUGGGGGCGGGAUCGAAAAAAACAACCUUCCGAUGUGCUCAGCUGAAUUUUGUUUCGGAGGAGUGAAUCCCUACUAGCGCACCAUCCGAAGACGCUCUCGUCGGCGGAGGAUCGGCGCGUCGGAGGAGGAGAAGAAGGACCGUAACAGGGAAACGUGGAGCUGGAGUAGCCGCGCUGUAAAGAAACUGUGUUUUUUUUUCUUCUUCUUCUUUCUUUGUUUCUUUGAAAAAGAGAGAAUAAGAUUCAUUCAUCUCGUCGGAUGCUCGAGGGCUGGCUCCUGACUCCACGGACUGUGGCUAAACUGUGAACCGGAGAAAAAAGGCUUUGAAAGUUGUCACAGGAGGAAUAAUAGACGCACCCUGCAGACCAGAGGAGCCGCAUCUUCAUCAUUUGCUGGUUUACCUGGGAGAACCGAUGGCUUUUGGACUUUUGGACUAGCAUAUUAGUAGUUAAGUUUUUUUUUUUUUUUUUUUUGUCCGCUUAAAAAAAAAUUAUUUUUUUUUUUUUUAAAAAAGGAUUUGUUUUGAACGGCCGAAUCUGUAUUUUAUUGUUCUCCGUCUGUCUGGGAUGUUUAAACUGAGCAGGAGAGCGGAUUUACAUGACUGGGACAAGUUGUGAUUCUCUCAACACAAGAAGCUGUUUGCUUUAAAAAAAAAAAAAAAAAAAAUACAAACUCAGACUGCAAAACCAAAGAGAUCACUUUCGCUUAAGGAUCCAAGAGCCCUGGCUUUGCUUCUUGUAUUUCCUCGUCUUUUUUCGAUUUAACUGAUAAGACAAAUACCUCAUAAUUUAUUACACCUGGAAAGUCCAGAUCCCGUUUAACCUCCCAAAGGAAAGUUUUACAUUCUCUACAUCUAUUAUCCCUCUCUUCAAUAUUUCAAAGACAGAAAAAAAGGGAAUAACACAGAAAAGGCUGUUUUUCUUUUUUUUUCCUUCUUCUUCCUCCUUUCCAAACGAUGAGGAUUGAGACGAUAUAGAAGCCUCGUUGUAGUAACUAUAAGGUGUGGAUUAUCACCGCUACCGUUACCUCAGCUUGACCCUGACCUUCACAAAGUAGCAGAGUGCAGAAGGUUGGAACAAUGCCAGAUUCACCUGCGGAUGUGAAAACCCAGCCCAGGUCCACCCCACCCACCAUGCCUCCUCCACCCCCGGCUGUCAGCCAAGCAACCAAUCGCAAUGCCUCUUUCACCCCCACCACCAGUAAAUCAAUGCUGAACGGGAGCAGCCACUCUCCGACAUCAUUAAACGGCGCUCCGUCCACUCCUAACGGCUUCAGCAACGGGCCGGCCAUGUCCUCCACGGCCUCGCUGUCCAACCAGCAGCUCCCGCCGGCGUGUGGCGCCCGUCAGCUCUGCAAGCUGAAGCGCUUCCUGACCACGCUGCAGCAGUUUGGCAACGACAUUUCGCCCGAGAUUGGAGAAAGAGUGCGCAGCCUUGUGUUGGGACUGGUGAACUCCACUCUCACAAUUGAGGAGUUUCACUCCAAACUUCACGAGGCCACCAACUUCCCCCUGAGGCCUUUUGUCAUUCCUUUCCUAAAGGCGAACCUGCCCCUGCUGCAGAGAGAAUUGCUCCACUGUGCCAGGUUGGCUAAACAGACUCCAGCUCAGUAUCUGGCCCAGCACGAGCAGCUGCUCCUGGACGCCAACGCCAGCUCGCCCCUCGACUCCUCGGAGAUCAUGCUGGAGAUGAACGAGCACGGCAAGAGAAGGACCCCUGACAGGACCAAAGACAGCUCAGACAGAGAUGGGUUGCACCCGGAGCAUCUGGCUAAGAGGCCGUGCACCAUCAGCCCGAGCCAACGCUUCAGCCCCAGCACGGGUCUUCCUGCUCACCAGCCUCCCAACGGCCUCGCUACACACCCUCCCAACGGCCUGCCGCACCCACCCAAUCCCCAAGUGGGGCCCCAGCACUAUCGCCUAGAAGACAUGGCCCUGGCGCACCAGUACAGGGACGCCUACAGACAUAACGAACACCGCGAUGCCCGAGACAGACACCGGCAGACAGCAGUGCACGGAGCCCGUCAAGAGGAGGUGAUCGACCACCGUCUUACAGAUCGAGAGUGGGCAGAAGAAUGGAAACACCUCGAUAACCUCCUGAACUGCAUCAUGGACAUGGUAGAGAAGACGCGCCGCUCUCUGACGGUGCUGCGCCGCUGCCAGGAGGCCGACCGGGAGGAGAUGAACCACUGGAUCCGGCGCUACAGCGACGUGGAGGAGAUGAAAAAAGGUGGGAGCAACGGACAGCACUGCCUUCCUCCUCCUCCUCCUCCUCCUCCUCUUCCUCCUCCUACUCCUCACCACAACUCCUCCUCCAACACAGCUAGCAGCAGCGAGUCACUGCCGAUAGGAACUUCCUCGGCUGCUGAAAGGCAGACAGGCAGACAGACAGAGAUCCACAGAGACUUCUUACACAGGCCUCCCUCAGGAUACCUGCCAGAAGAAAUCUGGAGGAAAGCUGGUACUACAAGCAUCCCGCUCUCCCCAGCACUAAAGCACCUCCAAAACAAGCAGGAAGAGGCGGUGAAUGAGGUGAAGCGACAGGCGAUGUCAGAGCUGCAAAAAGCGGUGUCAGACGCCGAGAGGAAGGCUCAUGAGAUGAUUUCCGCCGAGCGCUCCAAAAUGGAGAGGGCGCUGGCCGAGGCCAAGAGGCAAGCCUCAGAGGACGCACUAACAGUAAUCAACCAGCAGGAAGACUCAAGUGAAUCUCACCAGAGCUGCUGGAACUGCGGGAGGAAAGCCAGUGAGACGUGCAGCGGCUGCAACACGGCUCGCUACUGCGGCUCCUUCUGCCAACACAAAGACUGGGAGAAGCACCACCACGUCUGUGGUCAGGGCCUGCAGGGCCUGCCGGGGGGCAGCAGCGUCCCCCUAGGCACCCCGUCCUCCUCUUCCGCCUCCUCAGCAUCCUCCAGCGCGCCCCCAACUCACUCCGAGAGCACCCCUCCGGGAACCCUGUCGCUGGCGGGUCAGGGCAGCAUCGCGGUGGGGCCCGGCAGCGGCAGUGGAAGCGUCUCGGCCAGCCCCAAAGAGAGCAGUUCCAGCAGUGCCUCUCGCUCCACGACCCCAGCCACCCCCGCCCUCCUGGAUGCCACCUCCCGCUGACGGCCCCCUCCCUCGCAUACUGCAGUGACAGUGCACUCCACACUCCACACAAAACCAAACUGAGGAAUCUUCAUCGCACACCGCUCCCUUUCCCCUUCCUCCCCCCCGAGCCGCUCCUUAUUUCCCCUCACGUCCCGAGCUGUUUAGAAAAUCUUCUCACUACCUAAACAUUGACUGGUUUUCUCACCUGUCCCUCAAAAUACUUUUUUUUUUCCUGUCUCUUUCAUUACCACAGCCAGAGAUACAAAGAUUUCCAGCCUGGGGUUCAAUUUAGUGUAAAGCAUGAAUAGUGCAGUGUCUCCUAUCUCUUUAAUAGAAACAUAUCAGAUGUGUUCGCUGAGUAUGUGAGUUUUGACUUGAAGACGCGCCCUCAGUAAUGUAAGCACGGCGAAUAGCUGUCCCCCGGAGGACACGAGACAAGGGCUGUGGUGAGGCAGCGCUGGCGGGGAAGAUGACUUAGGUCGAUUAGCACUUGGGUGGGAUUUCCCUUUAAUUUAGCACCAAUGAAAGAACAGCACCCAGCCCUGAGAUGUGCACUAACAGUCCAAUCUGUUCACUGAUGUGGCACUUUUGUCCCUAGUGGAGACAGGCAGGGGACAUAAUACUCCUUUUUUUUUUCAAAAUGUAUGAGGGGGAAAGGGGUGAAAACCCGUGAAGCGAUUUAUUCCUCAGAAACACACAGCUUAGUAUUUAUUAAAUGUUUCUUUCUGGCUUUAAGGGAAAACAAAGAAAAGUCCAAAUAUUCUAAAUAAAGAAUAAUAGCGAUGGCGCUGAUGCUAACAGUAAUGAUAUGAGAAGAAAAUUAAUUUUAAACUGCUAACUACCUUGCUAGCGAGCCAAGAAAAUCUACACCGGACUCACCUCUCUGCAACAUUAUGAACCCAAAUGAAUUCAAAGAUGAAAAAAAAAAAAACAACAUGAUCCAAACCUUUGUAUUACACUGCCAAAGUGAGUAAGUAAGCGAUAAAGAGAAGCACUCAUCUUAUAACCAAACGCAAAGCAACAUCACCUCCUCAGCAGAUAAGCCAGCCCUGAGAGGGCCAGGCUGCAGGGAAGCUGCAGAAUGGGACCCAGAGUCAGACGUUUAAAAAGAAAAACAACAAGAAAAGAAAACUGUGACCUUCUUCGAUCUGCAGCUGACACCUGCAGCCUGGCCAGAAAAAUACAGCUAUUCCUCAGCGAUGGCCCAGACUAGUGAAUAUGGACAAUGCUGUGAACUCGCCUCCAAGAGAGACUUCAUGAAAUGGAUGGAAACCCUGCCACAGUGUGGUUUAUCUUGUGAACGGUAGGAGAGGACAAAGAGGAAAAAACAAAAAAGAGGAAAGGAAAAGCUACACAGCCUCAAAAGAGAUGAAGAUACACACACACACACAAACACACACACACGGCGAAGGAGCUGCCAAAAACCUCAAGCUUAAAAAAAAACAAAAAAAACACUGUCCUAGACGGCGUCGCGUGCUACAGAGACGUACGGGAAGAUUGUUUGUAUGUUUUUUUUUUUUUUUUUUUUUUUUUUACGAGGGGAUGGUUCAAGGAAUUGCCGUCACCUUUACAUUCGCUCCCUCCUUUUUCCAAAGCAUGACAAACAGACGAAAGAGCCUAGUAAAGGGCGGUGCAGACUUUGUUCUCCUCUCUCUUUCUACCUCCCUUCACCCCGCCCACACCCCCCCCCCCCCCAGCUACGCUCUACCCCAACUACUUGACUCAAGUCUGCCCCCUGAACCCGGCCUGCUUUGGACAGAGCCACAGAGCAGGCAGGGCCGUUCGGUGGGGUCGAACCUGCUUGUAGAUAUCGUUCCUCAUUUGUUUUUUUUUUGUUUUUUUGUUUUUUGUUCUUCAAUAAUGUCUCUUGUUGCUGGCGUCCACAUGUGCUGCCCUUGUGUAUAUUCAGAAAGACGGACUUUGUUUUGGGUUUUUCUACCUUUUAAUUUUCCUCCCUUUGAGUUUGGGCUGAGCAGCGAAGACGGAGGCAAUGACGCUUGUUCAUGAGAGGAAGCCCCACAUUGUACUUAUUGUUUGAUUUGUUGUAUCUAUAUUAAUGAGAUGAUGAAAACCCCUCUUGUAGAAUAUUUUGUAUUGCUCGCAUUGUAAGACAGUGAGAGGACGGAGGUGCAAUAUGAAGAGAAUUCAGCUACUGAAUGGAACCUCAGCAACUGCCCCGUAGGGUGUCAUAUAAUAUAGAUACAUAUAAAUAUAUUUAAAGUAACAUCAGUAACUUAAUGUGAAUGUACAUAGUAUUUAAAGAGGUCCAAAAAAUGUGUUUGCCAAAUAACAGAAACCUUUAAAGUUUAAUGUCCAGAUUAUGAUUUCCUCACAGUACAUUUGUUUCUCAAAUUGAUCAACUCCUCUUUUCUCUCUAUCUAUCUAUCUAUCUCUGUCAUACAUUUUCUUUUUUUUUAACUCAAAUCACUCAAAUCAAAAUGUCACUAAUGUUACUCUGGGUGGAGGAGGCUGUUGGUAACGGAGACGAAGUAGCUCCAUCCCGCCGGAGUGGACUUAACAGCCCGCUGACGGUAGAAAAGUCCCAAUAUAGUCAAUAUGUUUAAAAGUGGUGGCUCAGUUUUAAAUUUGUUAAUUCACCGCCCUUUUUUUUUUUAGCUUCAGCAACCACCUAAUCAGUCUGUGUGUGUGUGUGCGCCCCCCCCCCCCCCAUCCCCGACGGUGCAGGACGAGCCACUUCUGUAGGGUUAUGUGAUAAACCAGUAUUAAGCUACAGUAAGCAUUGAAGCUAAUGUUUUAUUUGUGCGGAAGCAAUUCGGGCAUCGGCCGAAGAUCGGAGAGAGGCCGAGAGAGUAGCAUCGUCUCGUUUUACACAUGCACGUAAAACAUUUUGUUUUUUGAAUAUAUUGUAAACCCUACAUGGUUGGCCUCAUUCACACUUGGACCAAACUUCUACUUUUUGCAGUGGGGGUAAAAAAAACAAAACAACAACAACAACAAAAAAACACAUUUUCUUGCUUUCUAUUACUAUUUGCAUCGUUUUAGGGCCAUAUAAGUCCUGUAAUUGAAAUGAGAUAAGCUACAAAGUGCCCCUGCAUCCGAGUGUAGCAUUUAUAUGUAUGCGUGUUGCAUUUACCAUGUUACGGUGCUGACCUCAGCCGUUAUUUGUGCUCGUUUCACCCCCCCCCCCGAUGUCUAAUUCCUCCUCUAAUACCACAGUCCGCUCUUCACAAACCCACCCCUCCUCACACUAGCUACCUCCUGUGACCAUACAGCUAACCACCAGGAGAGGUUGACCUGGACUUUGAAAAAGCUGGGUUGAGAGCAGGCGCGGACGCGCAACACAGACGCAUUCAAAAAAAAAACGAUCAUUCGGCACCGAAAGGAACUGUCAUCAUCGCUUGAAAUGUGGAGAGAUUAUCCCUCAAGACCUCAACUUUCUGAUCAUAUCCUGCUAAAUAAAAAAUACCACAGCCGGCAUUUAGUAAUAGGGACACACAGACAGAGUCAGACCUGCAUAGUACCAAACUGAGCACGGAAUCAACCAUGACAUGCCAUUUGUUGUCCAAAUAAAAAACCAAUAAAAGCGCAGACCAAAGUACACGUGCAUUGCCAUAGUAAGCUCCAACGCGGUGUGUAUUAACAGACCCAGAAGUAAUAAGGUUAGAGCUCCACUACACCAGUUAACCAAAGUGUUUGAAAUACACACAACUCAGAGCCCGGGAGUGAAGAGCACGCUCAGUGAAACUGGCUGAGUUUCAGAUGUGGAGAAUUCUUGUUCAAGCAAUCAAAGCGCUUGUUGUCUACACACUGAAUGGCUGCUUCUCUAAAAAACAAAAGAAGCGUCUCCUUUGAAAAGACCUACACUAGCAGCAUGUUUCUUACAAUUACAAAGCCUUGCAGAGAUAAAGAAAAUAAAUAAAAAUGAAUGCAUGGUGUGUGUUUGUGUGUGGAUGUGUGGUUUUGUAAAAAAAAAAAAAAAAAAAGAUAUUUUUUUUCCUUUAAAUCUCUGUGCAAACUACUUGAAACCUUCAGAGCUUUAAUGAAACAUCCCAGACAGACUACAGUGGCACAUCGAUUCACAAUAUGUAGCUUUGUGCAGUAAAGUACCGUGUUUGUCUUCAGUAUCCACAUGAAAAGCAACAUUACGAUGACAGUUCCGCUCAACCCUCAGUGCUCUGUGUGCGACUCCACGUCUGCAGGUAAGCCCUCACAUAAACUAAACAAAGCCAAACCCAAUAGACCACGUAUAAAUGACCAAAACACAACCAAAAGCUACAACUUUCUCCUUUAAAUUUCACUUUGGUUAAGGUUUUUUUCUUUUUUGUGUGUGUGUGCGUUACGUCCCAGCAGUUAAAGAACUUGGCUGAUUCUGUGGGAUACGAGGUUGCGGUCCUGCAAAAAAAUAAAAAAUAAAUAAAAAAAUACCGGAGCUGUAGAGGGACAGGGCAAACUGUCCCGAAUCACUCCCUCUUGAUUUCAUUUUACAGCAGAAUAUAAAAGAUCAGAUCAAUGCUCUGUUCCGUUUCUGGGUGUCAGAUUCAUUAAGUCAUGAAACAAAUGCAAUUUGUGCUGUGGUGUCAUUUACGUUUCUCUGUGAAGAUAUUAAAGAUGGCAAACGCAUAAGGGCUCUGCUGUUGUGAAUAACCGUCUGAGGGUCUCCAAACACUUUACAUCCGCCACUUUUCCGUUUGUUUAACUAUGUACAUUAUAUGGGCAAAACACGUGUUUAGAAAAGGCAAACAUUAGCAGGUUGGCAUUCGUCUCUCCCUACCCCAACCAGUAACUCUGCCAAUGAAGUUUCAAAGCUCAUCUGAUGCGAUGGCGGUGCGUCCUUCCUGUGAAACAGGCUCUGAAGAAUAGCUACAGUAGAAAGCUAAGGUGGCAAACAGUGGAUACAGCACUUGUUUUCCCAAAAGCCAUGGCUCAGGAUGGUCUUGUUUUUACCUUUACCUAAACUGAGAAAAAGGUUUAUGGUUUUAUAUGUGUAGGGAAGCAUUCUAUACUGUAUUGUGCAAUACAUUAUUACAGAGAAAACAUGUUUCUGUAGGAAAGGUUGCCGCUUUUGAAAAAUCUUUCUCCUUUCGUUUCAUUUCCCUCUUUAAACGGUCCUGUUGCCAUUUUUUUAGAUGAAGUAAACUGUGCCAGAAGAAUUAAAUUCUGAUUUGUAUUUAUUUCUUGCAUGCUUUCCUCCCUGUUGCUAAUACCGCUCUUUAACUGUUCGCUCUGUUGGAUGUGUGAAGCUGUAAAACAUUCUAUUUCAGGUUAUUGUCUGUGUUGAACAAUGUAACUGUGUAAUUAAAACAUGAAAUGACGUAUUCAUCA